GCUAUAUAUACACCCGCAUAUACAUCGCCUCAGCAUCCACAUCGUGAUACUGAAUUACUGAAAUCCAUUCUCUGCAAUGGCGGCGCCUCACAUGCCUCGCGUCAAUCUUGGUACCCUAGGCUUUGAGGUUUCCAAGUUAGGAUUUGGCUGUAUGGGCCUUACUGGAGUCUAUAACGCUCCUGUCCCUGAAGAGGUCGGAAUAUCCAUUAUCAAGUAUGCGUUCAGUCAAGGGAUUACGUUCUUUGAUACGUCCGACUUUUAUGGAGCCAAUACCAACGAAGUUUUGGUAGGAAAGGCCAUAAAGGAGUUACCCAGAGAAAAUAUCCAGCUGGCAACGAAGUUUGGUAUUACCGCAGAUGCAAAUUUAUCUAAUAUUCAGAUCAAAGGUACGCCAGAAUAUGUGCGUUCAUGUUGCGAAGCCAGCUUGAAAAGGCUUGGUGUGGAAUACAUUGAUCUUUAUUAUCAGCAUAGGGUGGACAAGUCAGUGCCAAUAGAGGACACGGUAGGUGAACUCAAGAAACUGGUGGAAGAAGGAAAAAUUAAAUAUAUUGGGUUGUCCGAAGCUAGUCCUGAUACAAUUAGGAGAGCACACGCGGUUCAUCCCAUAACAGCUGUGCAAAUAGAGUGGUCCCUGUGGACUCGCGACAUUGAAGAGGAGAUAGUUCCGCUCUGUAGAGAGCUUGGUAUUGGAAUAGUGCCGUAUAGCCCUGUUGGUCGUGGCUUUUUUGGUGGCCGUGGAGUUGUGGAAACCGUGCCUGCAGAUAGCUUCCUGAGCUCGCAUCCCCGCUUCCAGUCAGAGAAUUUGGAGAAGAACAAGAAAAUAUAUGAUCGAAUAGAAACCGUUGCUAGGAAGCAUCAGUGCACUCCUGCUCAGCUAGCAUUAGCAUGGGUACUCCAACAAGGCAAUGACGUUGUGCCUAUCCCUGGAACAACAAAGAUUAAGAACCUAGAUCAAAAUUUGGGUGCCUUAGCGGUGAAACUUUCAAAUGGGGACCUCCAAGAAAUUUCUGAGUGUGUCCCCAUUGAUGAAGUAGCAGGUAAUCAAUACUUUAAGAGCUGGGACCAUUUCAGCUGGAGGUUCGCUAACACGCCCUCGAAAGAGUGUAAGGCCUCAACAUGAACAGAGAAUGAUGUAAUUUGUGUUCUGAAGCAAAAAAUGACGGCAAUACCAAUAACCUGUAAACCGAGGCUCCAAAGUAUAUAGCCUGGGUUGGGUGUUUUGGGAGUUGAGUAUUGUUGAAAUUUUAAAUUAUUGUGUGGGAUUGUCCUUGGUAGUAUGUCCAAAAUCAUGAAUUAUGUUAUUGUAUGAAUAAGAUGUGGGGUUUCACCGUCAUAUUGGCAUGAAAAUU